AUGGACAUAGAUUCGGAGAAUGCGGUUGUACUUUUGCUCGUGGAGGAGAUAAUUAAUCUGCGUAAUUUGUUUUUUAUCAUUGCGUACCUUUACCUUAAGUUGGUUGUUCAACCUAGACAAAUUCGUAGACGUAGAGGUCGGCUGGGAAAUGCGUCCUAUUUUACCGAUUCAUGCACCGAUUGGCGAUGGAGAUGGUUCAAGUUAGGCAUGGAAUCCACUGGUAGUGGGGGACGCAAUUCCCAGCCCAGCGGGCAACGUCGAGUUUGGAAUGCAGAUGAGGAAAAAGCAUUGAUUAAUGGUUUACGAGAUCUUGUGACGCGUGGUUGGAAAUGCGACAACGGGUUUCGCAACGGUUACACCACCAUAUUGGAACAACAUAUGCGGCAGCAAUUCCCGGGUACGACCAUAAAAGCAGAACCACACAUAUCAUCAAAGAUUACGGUGUGGAAAAAAAACUAUGGUAUAGUUUCGGAUAUGCUUGGUAGUACGGGGUUCGGAUGGAAUGAGAUGGGGAAAAUGGUUACAGUGAGGGAUGACACGGUGUGGGACAGCUACAUCAAGGCUCACCCAAAGGCCAAAUCUAUGCGUUAUAAAUCUUGGCCCUUGUAUGCCGAUUGGGUAGAAAUUUUCGGUAAGGACCGUGCAACGGGAGAGGGGGCACAAGGUUUCACUGACGCGGUCAAUGAUGUCUUACAUGAUACUAACGUCGAAGAACCGAGCCCUGUCCCCACUGAAGACCAAUUUCCGGAACAAUGUGACUACCCUCAGACUAACUUCGACUCUUUUUCAGCUCAAGCAGGUGAGAGUAGUGCAUCCGGUAAGUCUAAGCGUGAUGGAAAAAGAAAGCGUAAUGUUGAGCCGGAGGAUAAAAUAAUAGGGUUUCUUUCAUCUGUUUGCCAAGAGACAAACAACCGUCUUUCGGAAUUGUCUACCCGUGUUGGUUACCAAGCAAAUGCAAAACAGCAGCGAAUCGCGGUUUAUGACGCACUAAAAAAAAUUCCGCACUUAACAACGGAUGAAAGGGUAGGCGUCGCGCGGUACUUAAGCAAAAAUCCUGACGAGAUGGAUCUUUUUUUCAGUCUGGACGAUGAUGCAAAGACCUCGAUGGUGCACCAAAUAUUGAGCGGGCCUAUGUUGGAGGGGUGGACCGAGGGGGAAGAGAAGGUUUGCUAUCGUCUCUUCUUCCAAAAGUGUUCUGAAACAGAGGACGUAGACAGGGCACCAGUCCUAAAUUCCCUAUGGUUCGGAAUUUCCCGUCAGCUAUCGGAACUCAUGCAAAAGGACUUUACGUGGGAGAAGGUGCGGGAGAAAAUCCAUUGUCUUCAGGGGCAUUACCGCCUUUUCCUUCGCUACAUGACCACACCGGGAGUUCGCGUGCAUGAUGACGGCGGUUUGGUUAGCGUGAACAGAGAUUAUUGGAAUGUCGUUGGAGAGACCGAUUUGCAGGUUUUUUUUCGUUCGAAUGGCUUCAAAUGGUACAACCAUUGUCUGCAACUGUGGAACGUACGAGGGGCCGCUGAUGUUGAUCUCGAAUCUAACCCUGGUGCGAAUAACGACUAUCCAAUUUGUCUAGAUGAUACUAUGUCAGAUGUGUGGUCAGAAGAUGGCAUGGAGGAUGAAGUUGAAGUUCAGCAGGAUGUUGCAGGCCAAAUUCAUGAAAACCCACUGUGGGUGGAUCCGCUGAAUGAUGUGCAGGCCGAUGAGGAUAUAAUGGAUCACGAGUCGGAUGUCGACUCCUGCGUAGACUCCGUGUAG